AUGGAAAAGCAUCCUCGAGGACUUUUGUUAUAUGCGUUGAUCUUUGUCACUUUUUUUGCCAUUGUACAUAAUGUUCAAGCUCAGGACCAAAAUGGAUUCAUCAGUUUAGAUUGCGGGUUAUCGCCUAACGAGCCUCCUUACAACGAUCCUACAACCGGAUUAACAUACUCAACGGACGACGGUUUUGUUCGUAGUGGCGAAAUGGGUAGAAUCCAGAAAGAGUUCACGUCUAUCUUCAGCAAACCAUCUUUGAACCUUAGGUACUUCCCUAAGGGACUUCGAAACUGUUAUACCUUUGAGGUCACGCAAGGCACAAACUACCUGAUCAGAGCCGUAUUCGUGUAUGGUAACUACGAUGACCUUAACAGUUACCCCAAGUUUGACCUUUACCUUGGUCCGAAUCUGUGGGCAACAAUUGAUAUGGCAGGACGGACCAACGGUACUAUUCAAGAGAUCAUUCACAUGACCGUAUCUAAGUCUCUCCAGAUCUGUCUUGUUAAGACAGGAAGAAGCUCGCCUAUGAUUAAUACUUUAGAGCUACGACCACUUCAAAACAAUACUUACAAAAGUCAGAGCGGCUCGUUGAAUUAUUACUUCCGAUAUUAUUUCAGCGCUUCAGGACAAAACAUACGGUACCCUGAUGAUGUUGAUGAUCGUAAAUGGUAUCCGUUCUUUAAUGCAAAAGAAUGGAAAGAAUUAACUACCAACUUGGCUAUAAACAAUUCUAAUGGUUAUGAACCACCACAAAUUGUAAUGGGAUCGGCCUCAACACCUAUAAGUACAUCAGCGCCAUGGAACUUCACCUGGUUUUUGCCAUCUCCCACAACAAAAUUUUAUAUGUACAUGCACUUUGGUGAGAUUGAAACUCUUGAUUCCUCCGAUAACCGAGAAUUCAACGUGGCCUUGAAUGGAGAACUUUUAUAUGAACGGUAUAGUCCAAGCACGUUAGUCAUGAGAACUUUAUCCGACGCGACAGCACAACAAUGUGAAGGAGGGAAAUGCCUUUUGGAACUAACGAAAACACUCAACUCUACUCUUCCCCCUCUCAUCAACGCUCUUGAGGUUUUCACCGUGAUAGAUUUUUCACAUUUGGAAACAAAUGAAGAUGAUGUUGUUGCUAUGAGGAGUAUCCAAGCUACUUAUGGACUGAGUAACCGACUCAGCUGGCAUGGAGAUCCUUGCGUCCCUAAACAGUAUUUGUGGGAUGGUUUAAACUGCAAUGACUUAGAUAUGUCCACGCCACCUGUUGUCACUAUCUUAAACUUAGCCUCAAGUGGUUUAACGGGGACAAUCUCACCUGCCAUUGAGAAUCUAAGACACCUACAAAAGUUAGACUUGUCAAAUAACAGUUUGACGGGAGGCAUACCCGAGUUUCUUGCUGGCAUGAAAUCGCUCUUGGUUAUAAACUUAAGUGGGAACAAUCUUAAUGGUCCUGUUCCUCAAACCCUUCUAGGGAAGAAAGAAUUAAACUUAAAUCUUGCAGGAAAUCGAAAUCUUCGUUGUUCGGGUAGAUUAUGUGUAUCCAGAAAUGGUGGUGCCAUUGUAGUAUCGAUAGCUGCAUCUGUCACAUUCGUGGUUGUUCUUGGAGUUGCAGUGGCUAUUUUUGUUGUGAUAAAAAGGAAAAAUACAUCAAAUAGUAACGGUCCAUCCUCACAUACACAAGGACUAGUUGCUAGAACAACCAGAUCUUCAGAACCGACAAUAAUAACUAAGAAGAAAAGAUUUACUUAUUCAGAGGUUAUAACGAUGACAAAUAACUUUGAAAUGGUCCUUGGUAAAGGAGGAUUUGGUAUGGUUUAUCAUGGAACUGAAAAUGGUACUGAACAAGUAGCCGUUAAAAUGCUCUCACACUCAUCUUCUCAAGGGUAUAAAGAGUUCAAAGCAGAGGUGGAACUUCUUCUUAGAGUUCACCACAAAAAUUUAGUUGGCCUCGUUGGAUAUUGUGAUGAAGGAGAGAACUUAGCUCUAAUCUACGAGUACAUGGCUAACGGAGAUCUCAGAGAACAUAUUUCAGGGAACCAACGGAAAUCUAUCCUAGAUUGGGAAACUAGACUAAAAAUAGUUGUCGAAUCCGCACAAGGGUUGGAAUACUUGCAUAAUGGAUGCAAACCACCAAUGGUGCACAGAGAUGUCAAAACCACAAAUAUACUGGUGAAUGAACAUUUUCAAGCCAAGCUAGCUGAUUUUGGACUUUCGAGAUCUUUUCCAACCGAAGGAGAAACUCCUGUUUCAACAGUAGUUGCUGGAACCCCUGGAUACCUUGAUCCGGAAUAUUAUCGAACAAACUGUCUGAACGAAAAAAGCGACGUUUAUAGCUUCGGAAUAGUACUAUUAGAGGUCAUCACAAGCCAGCCAGUAAUCAAUCAAAACCGUGAAAAUCCACAUAUAGCUGAAUGGGUGGGCGUAAUGCUUACAAACGGAGAUAUAAAAUGCAUAAUGGAUCCAAAACUAUGUGGCGAUUAUGACUCGAGUUCCGUAUGGAGAGCAGUUGAACUAGCAAUGUCGUGUCUAAAUCCUUCUUCAGCUAGAAGACCAACAAUGUCUCAAGUUGUUAUCGAGUUAAACGAAUGUUUGGCAUAUGAAAACGCAAGGAGAGGAACAAAUCAAAACAAGAACUCAGAAACUUUUAUGGAAGUGAACAUGAACUUUGACAUUGUUACUACCCCUGAUGCUCGUUAACUAGACUUCCAAAUCAUGUCAUCUUUGUUUUUAUUGAGUGGAUUUUUAUUAUUUCAUGAAACUGAGAACUUGUAUUGAAGCUCAAAUGAUAAAUACAAUCAUUAAUUUUAGCUU